AUGGAGGCCGCAGGUCUGAUGAACCGAUUCCCUUGCCUUGUGAUUCGAGGAAUAUAUGACUAUUCCGAUACACACAAGAACGACGAAUGGCAAGGGUACGCAGCAAUGAUGGCAGCGGCAUUUGCAAAAGAUCUUUUACGCCGACUUGUCCACGCGCAAGUGAUGGCAGGAAAAAAUGCUAACGAACUUUUACUCGGAAUUCAUAAUCAACUUGACACCCUGACGCACACCACAAAGAAAGUCAGCUAUAAGCUUGAUUUAGCGAAAUUAUCAAUUGCUCAUGGAGCUGAGCUAGAUUCGUAUGCAACUCAGCAUGCCGAUGAAUGUCUACCAGGCACGAGGGUUGAAAUCCUCCAUCGCGUUACGGAAUGGGCAACUUCAUUACGAGGAAAAUGCAUAUUCUGGUUAAGCGGCAUGGCUGGGACGGGGAAAUCUACGAUUAGCCGAACUUUGGCGAAGGAUUUCGAAAAGAAAAAAGCCAUAAUUCAUCUUCUCCCACAAGUACAAGCAUCUGGCUUUAUCCGAAUUCGAGUAUUCAUUACCAGUCGGCCCGAGUUGCCCAUUCGGUUGGGCUUCGAAGACAUUGAGGGGGAUUAUCAAGAUCUGGUCCUUCAUUGUAUCCCUAGGGCCGACAUUGAGCGUGAUAUCUCCCUUUCAUGCAUCAUAAGCUUGAUGUCAUUCGAAAAUACAGACCGUCUGUAUUCCAAAUAUGGCGAAGACAAGAGACGGGAGCAUUUUGAGGAAGUCCGAAAGGUGGUUAGUGUGAUUGUUCUUCUUCAGAACCCUUUAUCAAUGCUGUCACUCUCGAAGCUUACUGGCAUUCCAACUCGUACAAUCAAGUCAAAGCUGAAUUCAUUACACUCAGUCCUGAACAUCCCAAUUGACGAGACUACGCCGGUAAGGUUAUUACAUCUAUCAUUUCGCGAUUUUCUCCUCGAUCAUGGAACUCGUAAAAAGACCGCACUUUGGAUAGAUGAGAAGGAAACACACAAAAAACUCACCAUCCAAUGCAUUGACCAGAUGCUUGAGGGAUUAAAAGAGAACAUUUGCCAGCUUUCAGAUUAUGACACUGAGCCAGGAGAGAUAGAUCCUGAUACUAUUGCUCAGUGUAUACCACCAGAAUUGCAGUAUUCGUGUCGCUAUUGGGUAUACCAUUUGGAAAGAAGCCAAAAUCCAGCAACCCUAAUCAAUGAUGCAUUGCUAUUUCUUCAAAAACGGUUGCUUCAUUGGAUAGAAGCCAUGAGCUGGUUGGAUUUUAUACCAGAUGUCAUCAGCGCUAUCAAAAGUUUGCAAUCAGUUGCAGAGGAUGGUCGAAAUUCCGAUGUGACGGAACUGCUUGACGAUGCCAGGCGGUUCAUCCUGAAAUUUAGCUAUAUUAUAGGUUCUGCGCCUCGCCAGCUUUACAUUUCUGGCCUCGUAUUUUCUCCCACCGGUUCAAUAUUGAGAAAGCUUUUCUUCAAAGAAAAGCCAGAUUGGAUAUCCGUGUCAGGGAAUAUCGAGAAUUCUUGGGGCAAGCAAAUACAGACACUUGAAGGGCAUGAAGGAAGGCUUGAAUCUAUCGCCUUUUCUCCGAAUGGACUCCUAUUAACUUCUAGUGCUAAGGACAAAACUGUAAAAGUUUGGAAUCUUGCAACAGGUACCUUGCGACAGACCUUUACAGGUUAUUCGAAUCCAGUUAUAUGCAUGGCAUUUACAUCAGAUAGUCAGGUUUUGGUAUCUGUCUCUCAGGAUAUCACAAUCAAACUCUGGGAUGUUACCACAGGCGUCUUACAGCAAACUAUAAAGAACAAAUAUAGUACUUUUUCCAUGGUUGCGGCUAUUUCCCCCGAUGGCAGAUGGGUGGCAUCCCGGAGCACCGACAGUAGUAUUGUAAUAUUCGAUCGCGCCUUGGGAACUUGGAACUAUACGUCUUCCAAACCUUCAGAAAUGACUUCGCCUCUAGCUUUCUCAGCGAAUGGUUUGCUGCUGGCUGCUGCCUCUGGUGCUGAUAUAAUAAUUUGGGAUACUAUCACGUGCACCUUGCGACAAACGUUGCAAGACCAUUAUGAACGGGAGAUUGUUGAUUCCGUGGCAUUCUCACCUGAUGGCCAGACGUUAGCAUCUAGCCACAACGGGUCCGAGGUAAAGCUUUGGGAUGUCAUUAAUGGCACUACCAAGUAUCAUUUCACAAAUCGUUUGGUUGGAAAUACAGUAGCAUUUUCGCCAGACAGCCAGCUCCUGGCAGUCGGCCAUUCUAUAGGCAUGAUUAUUUGGAAUAUCUCCACAGGCCAAAUACACAGAAAGAUUUCCAAGCCAGCGAGGAUUAUUGCUUUCUCUUCGGAUGGUAAGAUGCUGCCAUCCAAUUUCGGCAGAACCAUCGAGCUCUGGGAUCUUACUGUGGAAUGUUUGGAGCAAUUCACUCCGUCACAGCUAACAAAAGAUAUCGAAUUCUUCUUGGAUGGUCAAAUGGCCAUCUCCACCUGCUGCGUCUUCCCCGAGUUCUAUGACAAUAGUGAACGUGUCGAUGUCUGGAAACCUAUUGAAGGAACUCGGUUGAAGAGCCUAGGAGAUUAUAACCCUGGUAGAGGUUAUAUGUGUGGGAACGGUUUUAUAGCUGUCUCCACAGACUGCCAAUUACUGGCGUAUCUUUCUGAUUUCGGCCGCUCCGUUAAGAUAUGGGAUAUUACAACGGGCAUCCAAUGGUCCAUCUGCAUGAUUAGUGAGGCGAGCGGAGCAUAUAAGAAGAUUGUUUUUACACCAGACAGCCAACAGUUAGUAACUGGUAAUAGAGUAGGAAUCUCUUUCUGGGUUCAUGCUGGAGAAGGCGAUGGAUGUUGGGUUUCGCAACGAACCUUGGAAUACAAAGGAGAUGGGGUGGAGUCAAUUUCGUUUUCACCUGACAGCCGACUCCUAUCCAUCUGUUUCUUCACGCGUUUAGAAGAUGAAGCGACGCCCUAUAGGUUUGCCGUCGACAUUUGGGAUUGGACUACGGGAUUAUUGGUACAGACCCUUGAAACCUGCCGAAGGCAACUUACAUCUGUGGCUUUCUCCACAAAUGGUCAACUCCUAGCACGCGAAAAAUGGACAGGAGCUAUGGAUUGUGAAAACUACAUGGAGUAUGGUCCCAUAAUCGAACCUUGGGACCUAAGCACAGGCAAGCUGCAUCCGAACCUUGCAGUCGAGGGCCAUUACGAUUACAGAGGCGGUGUUGUAACCAGCCUUCCGCCAAUCAGCGAUUUGAAAUUUCACGCCCUUUACAGUCGGUAUGCCGAAACCAAGAAGAUUACACUUUCCCAAGAGCAAUGGGUGUGUUUCCAGGGCCGUAAGGUCCUGUGGCUUCCCCCUAGGUAUCGACCAACUUGCUACGCUGCAAAUGAUGAUAUUCUUGCUUUUGUGGAUGGAGAGGGAGAAGUUACAUUUGUCAAAUUCUCGUUCUCUACUUGA